AUGCCUCAAGUGUUGCGGAGCAUGCCUCGUGCUGCCCACGGGGAUGGUGCGACUGAAACCGCUGCUGGUGCCGAUGCAAAUGGAAAGCCUGAGGAUGGGACUGUGUAUCUUGCCACUGAUCCCCGGUCCACGCGCGGGGUGACUAAGUCGGUUGCGGAGGAGGCGAGGGGAUACCUGGAGAAGGCAGAGGAGGAUUUUUUACAGUUCACGCAGCACCUGGGGCGAGCACUCAUCCUCACCACCAUCCCUGGGGUUGUUUUGGAAACCCUUCGUGAGCUCUCAGGAUCGAGGGUUCAAGGAUGGGACGUGGUGUGGUUCUGCUGGGCGGCAGGGCUUGUCCUGGGGUGCAUGGUCGGGGUGGGCGAGGUCAUGCAGAAGCACCAGAGGCGGCGCGCUGCCGCCCGCCUGCCGCCUAGAAGAGUUGUCCUGACUGGAGGCUCCAGGGGCCUUGGCAAGGCCAUGGCUCGAGAGUUCCUAUUGGCUGGUGAUGAUGUGUUGCUGACAUCAAGGAGUGAGCAGGGGGUGGAGGAGGCACUGAGAGCACUGCAGCAGGACACGUGGCACAUCACAGGGCGCGCCCCCGUGGCUGUGCUGGUCAAGGCUGGGUCCAAUCGGAUGGAGUCAACGCAGUCAAGCAGGGAGGUAUGGGAGCUGCCCCAGGCUCAUGGGGUGCAGCAGCAGGAGAAGCAGCGCCAUGAGCAGCAGAGAGUGGUUGGCAUUGCCUGCGACGUGCGGUCGGCAAGCGACGUCCAGAUGCUUGCUGACAUGGCACGGCAGGAGCUGGGACGAGUCAACAUCUGGGUGAACAACGCAGGCACCAACCCCAUGGCCAAGCCCUUCGCUGACUUUGAAGACCACGAGCUGGAGCAGGUGGUUUCCACCAAUCUGCUGGGCUCGCUCCUAUGCACGCGGGCAGCAAUGCGCCUCAUGCAGCAGCAACCACCCUCCCUACCACACCAAACAACCGGCCACGUGUUCAAUUUGGAAGGCGCAGGGUCGUGGGGGGGCGCCACGCCACAGUAUGCUGCAUACGGCGCCACCAAGUGUGCGCUCCGGCAGCUGGGGGCGUCACUGGUGGAAGAAGGGAGACUGGAGGGGAGUGAGAGGGGGAGGGAGGUGGGGACUGGGGUGGGGAACGAUUCGAGGAGAGAGGGUGGGAGUGAGGGGGCAAGUGGAGGAGGGGUGGAAAAGGGAGGGGGGAGGAGGGGAAGAGUGGGUAUUCAUGCGGCGUCCCCAGGGCUGGUGCUGACGGAUCUGCUGCUGAGUGGAGCGACGGUGGCCAACAAGCAGGCCUUCAACAUUGUGGGGGAACACCCCGAGACCGUUGCCCGCGUGCUCGUACCCCAGAUGCGCACUGUAAGGGGUACGGGGUCCACAGUGAGCUACCUCACACCGCCCCGCAUAGUCCUGGCCAUCCUGUCUGCCUGGAUGCGCCGAGGCCGCUGGUUUGACCAACAGGCCGUGUAUGCAACGGAGGCGCAGAGGCUGCGGGCAUGGGCGGAGGGCAGAGACAGGUCGGCCAUCGGGGCAGCGAUGGAUGCCGUGCCCAGCAUAGCUUGGCUCUCCCUCGCAUCAAUCCUCCCUUUGUCUGUGUCCCACAUUGCUGCAGGGGCAGGCCGUAACUCAGGAACGUAG